UCACUGGUGAGCUGGCAUCAGCUGGAGAUUGCUCUCAUGAUACUAUCUCCUGCCAGGCUCCAGAUGGUGCUGGUCAUGCUGCUUGUUAUCUUCGUCAUCUGAAGUUGUUCACCCAGCUGUUCCUUCCCAAGUUAGAUGUGGUCUAUAACCCUCAUCUUCAACGCCAUCAAGCUGGAAAAAUUAUCUCUGCCUGUCUUUCAGUAGUCGGCUCCAACUCCGAUCCAAAACUCAAGCCAUUUUCUCGCUGUAUCAGAGAGAAUACCACUUUGACAUCUUUUCUUCGGCUUCCUCUCCGGUACUAAGUCGCAGCCUUUCUUCCUCACUCACUUCGAACAACGAUGUUCCGUCGCCGCUGGUCUGGCCUCCCGGCCGAUCCCAUUUUUCCAGCGAACAUCUCUGAACUCGGCUACUUCAUCAACGAAGAUGAUGAGAUCCGCUCUCUCGAAAAUGCCGACUACUACUUCCACUAUUUCCUCACCAAGAACGAGCGCUACAACGACCGCCGCCGUUUUGCCUACAAUGAAGCCAUCGGCAAUGUGAUUCAUUCUCGCCUCGAUGCCGAGUCACUCGCUCCCCUCCGUCUGCCCGUGGGAACCAAGCCCAUUGACCCUCAUGUCCCUAUUCGCAUCAGUCCCGACCUUCCCGAGCGCUCUCGAGUUGUUCUCAUUGUUGGGGAGGACAACCAGCAGUUCGGUGUCCUCGCCCACCGUGUCCUGGGUGGCAAAGGUGGCAUCACCAAGGGCUCGAUUCUCAACCUUGUCCAGGCCUUGAAGAAGCAACCCUCUUCCUCGACUGACCCUACGCCCCCGGGAAUCGUCAUUGCCAACCCUAGUGAGUUGUGGUGGUGGCCUGAGGGCAAGAGGGGGUUGACGCCUGUGGACCGCCAUUACAUUCCCAUGACCAGCGCGGUUCACCUUGGUCGCGCCUACGACAAGGCCAGAAAUGGGAUCCCCAAGAAUAUUACCACUGCGGAGCACGUCAAGUGUGUUUUUGAGGAGGUGGUAGACAAAUUGGUUGGGAAGGACGCCAAGUUGGAUAUUAUUGCUGUGGGCAAUUCGGCAGAGGAGGUGGAGAAAUAUCUAAACGAUGAUGAGGUCUGGAAGAAGUUUGGGACGAUGAUGGGGGCGAUGGUAGUGUUGGGAGGGUUUUAUCACUCGGAUGAGUUCAAGUGUGAGGGGUUCAAACAGUUUAUGCAAGAGAGAGCUCGCGCCUAUGCCAUCCACCACACACCCCUUGACAACCCUAUUGCCGGGUCUUUUGGCAACCCCGGUGCUCUUGGGUUUGCCUCCUUUGGUUGCCCUGCUUUCAGCGCUGGCGAGGCGAAUAUGACUGAGCUAAUGCUUAUUGAGACACACCAUAGCGUUCUCAACUGGCUGGAGAAUGUUGCUUUGCUUGGGGAGGCGUACAGAAAUGAGGAUAUACAGAUCUAUGGAAAUGAUGAUGGAGUCAUUCCGGAGGAAGUUCUGCAGGCUUGGGGCGAGAAGGAUGUGGAGGAGACCGAGAAGCACAUGAAGGGGACCGAGAAGGAUAUGGAGGAGACCGAGGCCGAGAUUAAAAAGGACGAGUUACAUGCAUUGGAGGAUGGCAAUUCUGGCCAUGAUAGCACUCCUAAGAAGGAGGUCGCUGUUAGCAAGGAGAGUUCACCCGGCUCAUCUCAGGACAGCAGAGUUGCUGCUGCUGAGAAGGAGGAUGAGGAGAAUGUGGUUCUCAAGGUCAAGGAUCUGAAGGUCACGGUGGAGGAUGGGGAGUAG